AUUUCACUCCUGAAAUUAUUUAUUUGUUAUGAAAUCAAAUUAUAGACAGAUCUCCUUACACGAUAAAGCAUUCAUUGAUGUAUGUCGAUGCUUGUACCAAGCCAAGGCAAUUGUAUGCGACUUGCAGUCAUUUAGUAAUACUGUUUGUCCUGCAUUAACUCAAUACUCGAAAUUAUUAAACAACGAAAAAUUGAAUGAUCGUACAAACUCGGAUAUUUUACUAAAGCAAGUCAAAGAAUACUUAAACACGACAUUUCGAAGGUUCACUCGGCUAUGCAAAAUGCUGCUGUAUAUCUUGACGCAAAUGGAAGAAAACAGUGCUGGCCAAGUCAAGCGAGAACGUAUUGAUUCUUUUCGUACAGAGGUUUGGCAAGAGUGGAAAAUGGCAACUCAGAUUAAACAACAAUUAAUACAGUUUGCUCAAUUGAGCGACGCAUAUACCAAAUCAACAUUUACCGAUACUUCUAAUAAUAACAAUGCAUCAUCAUCGUCAUCGUCAUCAUCAUCAUCAAAAGCAACAACAAUAGUAACAGCAACUGAGUUAUAA